AUGAGAGCUACGCGGCACAUUGACGAGGGCAGCCCAUCACAUCAUGGGUUGAUAUGGCAUCACACUUGAGGAACAAGUACGUUCCUCGACAGUACAAGUUGAUGCUGUUCCUCAGUUGGUUAGACCUUCGAUAGGGCAAGAUACCUGUCCAAGACUAUAUUCAGGCUUUUGAGGAGUGCUACAUGAGGUGUCGCUUUGUUGAGGACUCACGUGUGGUUUUGGGCAUUUUCACCCACGGACUUAGUCCACAACUUCAGAACGAGGUGCUGAAAGGCAACCCAUCUGAAGUAGACAAGGCCUACCGUAUAGUAGAGCAUAUGGAGUGACCCGUCGAGGACACACAGUUCACCCCACCUCCGAUCACCAUGAAGAUUGCGUCCACACGAUUUGCACAGACACCAAUGAUAGCAUCGACACGUACUAGCGUAGGGAACAGACGGACUACACCGGCGACAUCAGUAGGGUCUGCAUCACCCCUGCGUCCACCACCAGCCGAUGCAUCCGACUGUGCUACGGCCACAUCCCAAGCCUAUAUCACUUGUUUCAAGUGUAAGGGUAUGGAGCAUCAGAUGAGCCAAUGCCCAUUGACGUGACUCAGUCGUUGUAUGUUAAAUCACGCAAAUAUAAAAUUUAUAAAACUAGAAAAUACGAAUUUUCGAAUAUUUAGAAGUAUUUCAAAAUAAAUAUAUUAAUUAUAAUUCAAUAAAAAUCCCAAAAAUAGUGGUAAUUUUCCAGGUCGAUCACAGGGAUGUAAUAUAAUAUCUGGUAAUUAUUCAGAAUUUUUCUCAAUGAAUACGAUUUUCUUAUGAAUUUUAUACUAGGAAAUAAAAAGGAAAUAUAUUUAAAAUUCACGAAAAAAAAGGAAAUAAGGGUGUAGGCAUCAGGAUGACGUCAGCGCCCGGCGAACGCGAAUCAGGCAGAAACAGAGUUCUGCCCGGCGAUUCUUACGUAAGCGAUUACAGACGACUUAAUUAAUCAAAUUAAGAUCUAUAAAAGCCGGAAGAAUCUUAAUUUAACGAAGUAUAGUUUGGUAAAUUAAAAUCACAAAAAGUAUCACUAAAUAAAGCGUAAAUUAAAUUGAAAGCAAGAAAACAGAGUUCCGGCGUCGCGACGGCGAUGCGUCGGCGAUGCACCAGAAUCCUGAGCGUUUGGGAGGAUCGUUGUGCAGUGUCCACGGCCUCGAAGGCUCUCCUUGGACAAAGACGACGUGGGCAAUCUCUAGAUCUUAUCGCGAAGUCUAGAGAUCAAUGAAGUGGGUCGUCGAAUCGUCUCCGGCGGCUGUCACCCGGCGGAGCGGAAAAACGGCGACUUUGUGGCUCUCCGGCGGCUGUCACCCGACGGAGAGGAGCUGGAUGGAGGUGGGGCGCGUGUUAAGGAGCUUCAUCCUCAAGUCCGCGCAGCAAGAGGAGGCUCUUCAUCGCAUCUGGUACGCUCUCAGGAGGUGGCGAGUGGUCUCCCAGCGGAUCGUCCUCUUCUUGACGACGGCUUGUUUGUCGAUCAAUUGGAGAUGAUUUACUCGAUGGAUUCGCGAUCCUUUUAUCGCGAAUCGUUCAGCAAUUUUAGUAGCAAUGCUCCGCGAAUCGCGUUGACGAGAUUUUCGCCGAUGAUCUAGCGAUUCUCAUUGCUUAAUCCUUCACCGGCGAUCUGCAGGAAAGUCGCGAUAAUCAGAUAAAAAUAUAUGAAUUUUGACUCUGGGAGGAUUCGAACCCGCGCCGGUCGCCCCCGCCUCUUCUGAGGAAGGUGUGGGUUUAGUCCCACAUCAGUUGUACGCCGAGUUUUCGGGCGAAUAUAUAGUAAUGUUAGAUUUGUGAGUAAAGUCCCUUCUCUCCCGUGUACGACCACUCCUUGCCCCACAGCCGGCUGGCCACCGGUGACGUGGAAGGGGAGUGGCGUACGCGUGCCUAUCGGUCCCCAAGCCAAGCCGCUCGAGCCCCUGCUCGCAGCUUACUCCCCGACUGUGCUUCCGACCCGCUUGCGGGCACGGCUGGCCGGCGGGUCCUCCCCCAUUUUUACAAUAUUUUUAUUUUUAUUUCUUGUUCUUCAUUUAUCUCAAAAGUAAGACUGUAAAAAUCGUAUAAAAUCACAUAAUUACCCAAAAAUUCACGUUAAUCAAUUGAAAACCAAAAAUCAUUCUUUAACACAAAUAUAAGUCUAUUUAUCAUGAGUUAAGGCUAAAACUAUAUUAUUUACUAAUUAUUAACUCAUGAUAAUGAAGACUUAUCACCCAUCUUCAAAUCUCCUCAGAGAGAUCAAAGAAUUGGGUAGUGAUUCACACGAGGAAGACAUCCUCGUAGGCAAUGAUGUCUACAUUGCUGACGAGGGUUUGGCCAAGGAGUGUGAUGACACUCCUGAUUUGAUUGGUUACAUCCAGAUCCGGCCAGCCACCGUACCAGCAGCUAAGGCUGCCUCUCUCACUGCCUCAUCAACGAGCACUUCAUCGAGGGGAUUGGUCAAAAUCACUAUCUAGCGUCCAUCUCGAGACCUAGUUCCUACACCACAGCUAGACACCACGGCAGCUAGAGAGAUCACCCUGGCACCGAGGACGACUAUGCCCACAUCUUCGCCUACGACAGACGAUUCCCUUCACACGUCGAUCUUCUACACCUAUGUGAAGAUCAAUGGACAUGCGUGCAAGGUGAUCGUGGACAGCGGCAGUUGCGUCAAUGUUGUGUCAAACUAGGUCUUGUAGAGGGUAGGGCUGAGUACUAUUAGCCAUCUAACCCCUUACGACAUAUCAUGGAUAGAUGCCACCGCACUACCCAUUCAUCAAUAGUGCCAGGUGCCACUUAGGGUGAGCACCUAUGAUGAACACAUCUUGUGUGAUGUCCUUUCGAUGAAAAUCGGCGGCAUCAUACUUGGACGGCCUUAG